GUUCACCAGAAGCGGAAGUUGUAAGCCAUUGGCAUUUUUCUCAAAGCGUCAGAGUUGUCCAGCUAUUCAUACAGGCUCUAAAACAUUGCGCAUUUUAAUUAAAGUGUAUUUGUUGUUGAGUUUACGAGAUGAAACACAACUCGAACGUACCGGCUUUCCUCACCAAGCUGUGGACGCUCGUAGAGGAUGCAGACACCAAUGAAUUAAUUUGCUGGAGUCAGGUUGAUUGUUUACAGGAGGGCAACAGCUUCCUAGUACUGGAUGAGCAGCGCUUUGCCAAGGAGAUCCUCCCCAAGUUCUUCAAGCACAACAACAUGGCUAGUUUCAUCAGGCAGCUCAAUAUGUAUGGAUUCCGUAAAGUGAUGCACAUUGACACGGGCAUUGUAAAACAGGAGAGAGAUGGUCCAGUGGAGUUUCAGCACCCCUACUUCAAACAAGGACAGGAUGAUCUGCUGGAUAACAUCAAGAGGAAGGUGUCUAAUGCUCGACCAGAGGACAAUAAAAUUCGACAGGAAGACCUGACCAAGAUUUUGGCAAGUGUUCAGAGUGUUCACAGCAAACAGGAGAGCAUUGAUGCCAGGCUGGCAACACUCAAGAGGGAGAAUGAAGCUUUUUGGAGGGAGAUCUCAGAUCUGAGACAGAAACAUGCCCACCAACAACAGCUCAUCAAAAAGCUAAUACAUUUCAUCCUGACACUGGUACAGAACAACCACAUCUUGAAUUUAAAACGCAAAAGGCCAAUUCUUCUGAACAGCAAUGGAAAGAAGCCCAAAUACAUUCAUCAGCUCUAUGAUGAUGCAGUGUGUGUGGAACAGUCUUCUGUCAACAGUCUGAAUGGUGUGAAGGGCUCUGAGAUAUCCGAUGAUGUUAUUAUCUGUGACUUGACUGAAAAUGAUGACGAGGUAACAGCUGAGAUCACAGAAGAGUCACCAAGAGCCCAUGAACAAGGGGAUGUAGAAAUUGUGGAAGUAGAGCUGGACAGCUGUGCAGUGCUGCCAGCUGAGACAGAGGUGAGCACUACAUUGUGCACAGGUGACAUCAAACAGACAGAGGAAAGUGUGUCUGCUGCAGCAGACAACAGCCGAAAGAGCAGCGUUUUAGAAAACAGUGCACCAACCAGCAGCGCACUGCAGCUCAAUAAGCCCCCAGGCCUGAGUGUGGAGGACCCCGUGAAGAUGAUGGACUCCAUACUGAAUGAGAAUGGAGCAAUAUCACAAAACAUCAACCUGCUCGGCAAGGUGGAGCUGAUGGACUAUCUGGACAGUAUAGACUGCAGUUUGGAGGACUUCCAGGCCAUGCUUUAUGGAAAACAGUUUGGCAUAGAUUUUGAUUCACUAGAGGAGUGUGUUUCCUCCAAAGAGAACACUGCACAGCUAAACAGAGAAAGGACAGAGGAAGAUAACACAGAUAAACAGUUGAUCCAGUACACCACCUGCCCCCUGCUUGCUUUCCUCGAUGGCUGUACUCCUCCAGAGCUGGACCUGGGUACCAGCGGCUGCAGCAGCAUCAGCUCCUCCAACAUACCCCUCCAGCCUUCCUCCAGCUCCGGUGAUUCUAUAGAGGCUGAGCUGCCCUCAGAGCUGCUGGAUACCAGCCUGGAGCUGAAACAGCCAACCCGCAGCUCCCUGAUCCGCCUGGAGCCUCUGACAGAAGCAGAGGCCAGUGAGGAGACACUGUUCUACCUGUGUGAAUUGAGUCCUGCUGGACCAGAGGCUGACUCCACCCAGCUGGACAAAGUGUGAUCAAGAAGGGAGCUAGUGUAGCAGCAAUGCCAUUUGCACUGAGGCUGGUUCACUACAGACUACAUCCCUCCAUCACCUGGAUAAUACUGAUGAUAAUUCCUCACCUCUCUGCACUGAGGUGUGUAUUUGUUGAGAAGCAGGAACAGAACUGAAGAGAGCACCAGUCCAGCAGAAGUAUAUCAUGUACACAUUUUUACAUUUAAGAAUUUUGCAUUGGUUUAGAAAUACCCCACAUUUCAUCAAUUAUAACAGUAGUAGUAGUAGUAGUAGUAGUAAUACUAGUUUAACAACCUCUGGCAUAUCAUUAAUGCCUUGAGCCUAACUGAUGCAAUUUCAGUGAAAAAUGUGCCACUUCUCAGUCACAGUCAAAACAAAAUGCAUAUAAUACACAUAGUGUUCCCACAGUAUCUCUGCAUUGUCAUGGACAUGUAUCCAUAAAAAGUCUCCUCAUAUCUUUAGACUUUUCCUCAUAAUCAUUUGAUUGAAAUUUCCUUCUACAUCCAGAGUUGAAUUGGGACUCAUUGGCAACAUUAUAGCUCCUGUUUACAACAUAUAAAGUAUGUUGGUGCCUGGAGUAUCAAAGCACAAACUAUUCUAAUCUAACACGAAAAUAAAAAAGUAACAAAACCCAUGAAAACAUUUGACUGCUAAGACUCAAAAAGACUAAUCAUCAUGGCUCUUGCUGUACAUAUUUGGAACACUGACACUGUUCGUGCAUAUGCACACAUUCACUAUGCUGUGUGCUCAAAAUCUGUGGACAUUGCCAUUUAAAGUACUGCAGGCAUGCUAAUUAAUGACAUUUCUGAGUAGCCCAAUAUCAUCUGUGACUCUUCUGGUCUACAGGAAAUAGCGAGUACCCCCGAGGCUGCUUGCCUUCCGGUGGGCCCACACUAGCUGUGAGUAAAUUUAUGGCAUGUUUAGCUAAAGAGCUAAUCAUACCAUCAGAUGGGACACACACACGUUCCUACUCAUAAUCGAGUCUCUGCCUUCUGUUUCCGCACAUCAUCGUUUUCCAAGCAUUGUGGUAUGUGUGUAGUUGUGGCUUUUUAUUGAACAGAUAGUUUGUGUGGACAUCCACACAGAGCUCACAAUGACCCACACAGAGCUAGGAAGAUGACAGAAAAAUUACAUCACUAGCCUGUAACAGACAUACGGGACACAGAGUAUGAUUAGCUCAUAAGGCAUGUAGUGACUGUCGUAGAGCGAAUAUUGAGCAGAAGCGGGUGAGGAUUCCAAAGGAUAAACUCCACUGCCAUGUUUUUGAAAGUGAAACAAUACUUUUGGUUUAGAGUACUUAAUUCCUGUGUCCUGAAUGCUGUCUUCAAUGCAAAGGUCUCAAAUGUAAAAAUAAAUGAGAGACAAACUGGUAAAUGUGAGCAAAUGAUACAAGGAGUGGGAUUUCCAUCUCUGUACAGUCAUGUUUAAAGACAGAAGAGGUUUCAGCCUUUAGUCUCAUCUGCUUUCCAGCAUCUUCAUCAGUGAAGCAGUGCAUCACAUCUGGUCCUACAACAUCAGCAAGGAAACAUUCUCACCUGGCCUGUAUUAAGGGACUGAACCUUUGUAUAUGCUUAAGAAAAUCUAUUUAUUCUGUUUUGUUUAUCUUUUGCUACAUGCCUGUUCACAGAACUGAGGCUCUUCAUAAAGCAGCAUUCCUUCAGACGGUGUUGUGUUCAGUAGGGGCUUACUCCUUUUUGAGUUCAGACUUGGGAAAGUGAAUUUAGUUACUGUACUUUAACCUGUUUAAACAAGCAACAAAUAAAGUCAUUUCACAGUU